AUGGGUAACUGUGUCUCUCGUUCUAAACAGCCUUUUCCAGUCUUCUCUAGCAGUUCGUCUGCUGAGAAGAAUAUGGGGAAUCACAUUUCAGAUGGUCUACCUAUAGCGGAGCCAACAACUUCUUUUUGGACAAUUCCUGCAGCCCCAAUAAGCAAACCUUCGUCACAGAAGAAUUUGCCAUCCCAUGCAGACGUGGUUAUUAUUGGAUCUGGUAUAUCUGGCGCCUCUUUUGCGCGAGCUCUGCUUGAGUGCGGAGACUGUCUUCACGUCGUCAUGCUUGAAGCCCAAGAUGUGUGCUCAGGGGCCACCGGCAGAAAUGGUGGGCAUAUCUUUCCCGCUACAUACCAUGACUACGAAGACCUGAAGACAAGAGUGGGCGAGGAUAUGGCAAAGAAGAUGGUGCGCUUCCGGAAAGCGCACUUGGAUGAGAUUUUGGCCAUUACCGCAGAGGAGAGUAUCACAGAGUAUACACAAUGUCGUGCCGUCGAGGGUGUCGAUGUGUACUUCGAUAAGCCUACGUUUAAAGAGGCGCAGCGGAAGCUGCAAGUGUAUCAAUGUGAUAUGGGCGAAUAUGCAGGUUCGUAUACCUGCUAUGAGGGUUUAGACGCUCAAGAGAGAUUUCACCUUUCGCCGCUUGCGGUAGGAUGUAUUGCCACGCGAGCUGGUGCUAUACAUCCAUAUCGCUUUGUGACGUCGAUUUUAAGCCGCCUUCUUACAGACUACCCCAAAGAAUUUGAGAUCCACACUCACGCACCUUGUACAUCGAUCGAUGAGCCCACAUCAAGUUGCCCAUUCUAUAGACUCACUACAGCGCGCGGGGUGAUUACGACCCCACACGUCGUACAUCUCACAAAUGCGUACGCACCUGCGCUCCUACCUGCUCUCAAGGGAGUUAUCCGUCCCAUUCGAGAAACCAUGACCGCACAGCGGCCUGGCCGUAACCUCCAUGCAAGCACGCUGCAUGGCGGGCGGAGCUUCGUGUUCUUUGAUAGUCCACGUAAGGGCUUCGACUACUUGACGCAACUCCCAGAAGGCGAGCACGAACUCAUGUUCGGCGCAGGCUUCGAGUCAAGAAUGGACGGCGGAGCCAAUGCAAUGUAUGGCGUGCAUAGCGCAGCGCAUGUAGGUGGUGCAAUGCCAAUCUAUUUCGGAGCGGAGAGUUGGGGUGCUGAGGCCUUACCAACCACUCCCACAGAUGAAGAGGAUGUAGGUGUAGGUUUGUGGGCACAGGGAAGAGUAAAGGCAAUCUGGAGCGGUCUCUUGAGCGAGUCGGCCGAUGGGAUGCCGUGGGUUGGAAAUGUGCCCGUUAAUGUGGCUGGCAGGAAGGCACCUCCUGCUUCGUCUGCACCCUCUGCUCUGAAUGCAAGCACGAGGAAGCUGAAGUCAGUUCUCACUGCUGCUCCUGGUGAGUGGAUUGCGGCUGGCUACUCCGGUGAGGGCAUGGUGCAUGCGUGGCUAAGUUCCAAGGCUGUUGCGCUGAUGCUUCUAGGGGAGGAUCUCACUGAGGUCAAGACUUGGCUCCCCGAGUUGUUCAGUGUCACGGAAGACAGAGUCAAGAUGGCCAAGCGGACUUUCAAGCCUGAUGUUGUACUGAGUGGCAAGAAGCGUGUUUUCAGUCCUUAA